UUCUGAUCCAGACCAAUCACUUGGAAGAUGUCUUCCUAUAAUAAUAAUAAUAACAUAAUAAUAAUUUUAUUCUUAUACCCCGCCCCAUCUCCCCGAAGGGACUCGGGGCGGCUUACAUGGGGCCAAGCCCGAACAGAACAAUAUAAAAACAAAACAAUAAAACCAAUCAAUCAGACAAUAAAAGCAAGUCAUUAAAAAACCACAUACAAGAUAAAGUGUUAAAAUCAUGGAUUGGGUUCAAAGGAUCUAGGCCAAAGUGCUAAAAGUGCAAAUAUAUCAUGUCAUCAGGGAAGGGUGGUUACUCAGCUAUGAUGGUUAUAAAGUGCCAUUAUAAUACUGGGGAAGGCAUACACUGUUAAGUGGACAACAGGUCGAUCAUACAGAGAUAAGUCACCAAAAGCCUCUCGGAAGAGCCAAGUCUUCAGGCUCGUCCGAAAGGAGAGGAGGGUAGGGGCCUGCCAAAUCUCCAAUUACCAAUUAUGAAACAGGCAGCAAUACAGCUAUCCUGGAAUCUGAUGGAAGUCUGCUAAGAACAUAUCCUGAAAAUUCCUUACUUGUCUUGCUGAUAAUUUCAUUUCCCGGAAGCUAUUAGAAGGAAGAAGGAGAUUAACUGUCUUCAGCAAUAGGAAACAACUGGUCAGUAAGAUAGAAAGUAGUGGAAGGCUUGGGUGGAAGUAACUGUAUCCUCUGAGGAUUUAUUAUACACAGGCAAGGGCAAGUGAAGUGAAGUCACUUCGGACAGAUUUCAGAUUUCAAAAGGCUUAAGGAAAUAACUGGCUGAGAUCCCAUGGUCCAAAAUAUUUGAAGAGAAGGGAGUUCAUGGUAGAUGGGAACUUCUUAAAUAUGAGCUAUUGGAGGCACAAUUGCAAAUAAUCUCAAGAAGAAAUUGAGCUAGAGGCAUGUGUCAGAAAUGGAAGAAGGAACAAAGUACAAGCAAAUGUCUCAUUGAAUCUAUAUACUAUAAAAGUCAGUUUGUUUGUCUGUCUGUACUACAAAGGCUGUUGCUAGGUGAACUGGCCCUAGUAGCAAAUAUCUGUAGGAAGAAGAUCAAGAGGAUGAAAAUACAAAAUGACCUUAAGGUUCCAAGAUAGGUUAAGAAUAAUAAAAUAAUGCCUUUUACAAUGUUUGAGGGAAGAAGAACAAAGAUGCAGUAAGUCCUUGGAUCGGUUUUGGAAUAUGACAUUGAUUGUGUGAUUUUAAUUGAUGUUUUAAUGUUGAUGUUUUUAAUUGGUUUGGAUUUUAAUGCAUUUGUUUAUUUAUUGAUAUGUACUUACUUAGGCGAUCCCUCAUUGUCCAGAUAUGAUGGCCUUCCAAAUUCUAGGAAGAUGCCUCUGUGAGAGUUUUUUUUUAAUGUGUGGAGGUCAGUGCACAGCCGAUCAAUACACAGUCUUCACAGGGUGAGGGUCCCAACCAAUGGCAUGGUUAACAUGAUGAUGGUGGCUUCUCAAUCUGUUGCAGCCUUCUUCUGCCUCCACAGCCGUUGUAACAUGUACCAUGUUAUCUUCUGCCUGAUCUGCCCUUGAGGUAUAUGUGCCGUCGAAUUGUUGCCUUUGUAAAGCUUCCCAGAGUGCCCUUCGUGGUAAGAAAGGCAGGGUACAAAUGUGGUAAAUAAAUGAAUGAAUAAGUCCACCAUGUGGGAAAGCAGAGGCCCCAGUGGCACAGCGUGUUAAAGCACUGAGCUGCUGAACUUGUGGAUUUGACUUGUGGUCACAGGUUUGAAUUUGGGGAGCAGAAUAAGCACCCACUGUUAGCCCCAGCUUCUGCCAACCUAGCAGUUCAAAAACAUGCAAAUGUGAGUAGAUCAAUAGGUACCGCUCUGGUGGGAAGAUAAUGGUGCUCCAUGCAGUCAUGCCGGCCACAUGACCUUGGAGGUGUCUAUGGACAACACCGGCUCUUCGGCUUAGAAAUGGAAAUGAGCACCAAUCCUCAGAGUCGGACAUGACUGGACUUAAUGUCAGGGAAAAAACUUUACCUUUACUAUGUGGGUAAAAUGGUGAAACACUAGUAAGUGAUACCAAAGAUUGUGGCUAAAUACAUGAGAAGGACUUACUGAUAAUAAAUGCUACUUAACAGUUGUUUCUAAACAAAAUUUUACUAGUCAUCUAUGAACACUUCACCUGUGGAUUUAUCAGUUUAUUAUCAGUUGGAAUAAAGGUCUAUUGAGAUCCCUUCCAACCAUAGAAUUCUAUUAUUCUAUGAACAUUGAUAAAACACAUUGAGAACUAGUUUUUCCAAAUAAAUACAUAAAUAUGCUGAUUGAAAGGACUCAAUGGAAACCCAAGACCUGUACUAGGCAGGAUUUGACUUAAUCUAAAGUAGCUCCAAAGGAUCACAGAUAAAAACGGUAACUAUCUUAUCCCAUACAAAUGUUUGAAAGCUUUAAAAUAUCUGGCUUAUAUUUUCAAAGAGCUUAGAAAGAAAGAUUUGUUGAAAAUUUUUAGCUUUGCAGCUGGUUUAAAGAGAAUAAUUCUGUGGUCAUUUACAUCUGACACAGUGGAUGUAAGAAAAUAAGAAAUCGUUCCCCACAGUUGUGUCAUCUACUCCCUCUAGUGUUUAUUUUUGGAUGUAAGCACAGGCAGGUCUUCAAGAGAGAAAUCCUGGAGUCUAAUCAUCACAAAACAUCCCAUUAAUAGGAUUAAAUGGCUUGUCACUAGAUAAGCAGUACAUAGCAAAAUCUGUGUCACUUGUGGAAGUUAGAACAGCAUACAGUCUUGUCCUUUCCUGAGGCCAGAAACAAGUUUGCAAGAGGACACAUCAACACGAAUGUGGGAUUCCCAUCUCUGGAAACCUGAAAACUAUUAACGCACUACAUAUUCUACUCUAAUCAUUCUGAACAGAACAAAGAUGAAGUCUUUACUCAUCUUAGUUUACUUAAUAUGGGUAAAAGGCCAUCACUGUGUACCUAUCAAAGAUGAAGAAUUUAAUGAUGUGGAAAACCUGAAAGUUUUGUCCGAAGUUGGAGAAAAAUAUGUAGAUGAAGAAGUAAAGAAAGCCUUGAUAGGCAUUAAGCAGAUGAAAAUCAUGAUGGAAAGAAACGAACUCAAGCAUACGGAUCUGAUGAAAACCUUAAAGAAGAGCAGUGAGGAAAAAGAGGAGGCUGUGAGGCUCAUGAAUGAAGUGAAAGAAAGACUAGAAGAAGAGGAAAACGUAUGCCAGGGAUCACUGAAAAAUCUGUGGGGUGAAUGCAAAUCUUGUCUAGAAAGUAACUGUAUGAGAUUUUAUACUACCUGUCGCCAUGGUCUCUCUACAUUUACAAGGAAGAUUGAAGAUUUUUUCAGAAAAAUGACUCCAUUGUCACUUCCAAUGUAUGAGCUUCAAGAGAAAGAUCUUCCAAAGAAAGAGGAUGUCCAUAUUGUACAAAUGGAAAACCUGUUUAACCAGCUGUUAUCUGACAUGGGCAUCAUCUUUGAAAAAAGCUUUGUCUUCUUCAAGCAGAUGCAAAAAGAAUUUGACCAGUCUUUCCAAAUGUAUUUCAUGUCUGAUCCAGAUGUGACAGAGCCCUAUUAUUUGCCAUCUUUUCCUGAGGAGUCUUCAAGAAACACAGGCUCCCCCAAAGACUGGGAGGUGCCGGGAUUCUUGCAACUAGUUUUUGACUUCAGUAAAACCAUUUUGGAAGGUGUUGGUGAAGUGAUAACUGAGGCAUUUGAUGAAUACCAAGAGAGUGCAAGAGAGUUGGUGGAGCAAAUUAAAGAUUCCAACAAAAGUGGAAUGUUCUCUAGCGACAUAGCAGGCCACGAGAGAACUCCAUGCAGUCAGCUACGUCAGAACUUAUCAGGAUGCCCUCAGUUCCACGAAAGAUGCCACGAAUGUCAGGAUGAUCUUGUGAGAGUUUGUCCCAAUGUUCCUGAACUUCAUAUCAAGUACGAUGAUGCUUUUAAGUUGGUCAAUAUUUCUAAUGAGCAGUAUCAACAAAUUCUCCAGAUGGUCCAGCGUCAUACAGAAGACACAUCCUACUUGUUGAAUAAAAUGAAAGAAAGGUUUGGCUGGGUCUCUGAGUUAUCUAACAUGACCAUUGGACCUGAAAACAUUUUCAAUAUAGUAAAGGUAUCAUCAAUUGCGAAAGGAAGUGAAAAUUCCAGUCUGAAUGAAACGGUGGUUGACGUGAAUAUUUUGACUUCACCUACUUUUACCAUUAAGGUCCCCCAGGAUCUAGACACUGAGAGUUCUGAAUUCAUUGAGUUAGUUGCUGGGAAAGCUUUACAACUUUACAAAAAAAAUUUCUAGAUGUGGAAAGCUGAUUCUCUUCAUGUUACGAAUUAAAACAUGUUAAACCAUUCCAUUUUAUCACCUUUUUACACAGCUUAAGAUAGAUGUGAUUUCCAGGCUUACAACGUAUAAUGGACUUGUUUUCUGUCCCAUCCCCUUCAACCAAACGUUGGCCUGCAUUCCAUGCCGAGCAAAUUCACUUUGUCUUCUUUAAGCCAUUCUGGGGGUUUGUUCUCUCCUUAAAAGCUUAUUUCUCAUAUUUUCGCCCUUCUGUGUGAUGCUGAUUUAAAUUCCUGCAAACCUUCAGCUCCCUCAAGCAUGUAGGUACCUUCCUUUUGUGUGUGGAUCAUGUUAUUUGGCUAUGUGUAAAUUUGCACCCACAUGAAUUCACAAUGGUUGGCAGUAUUACAAGAUGGCCUGGUGUAAGAAAAUGGUGUAAGAGUAGACCUGAGACUUGAGGUUAGGUCUUCUUACAAUUUCUACUUUUAUUUAUUAUACGUUGCCAUAUUAGGCAUUAGUUUUGGAAACUUAAUGUGUUUUGCUAGAAUCAGUAUCUAGCAAUGAUGCUGAAAGAUGACAGAGAUUGUAUUGUAUCCUUGCAUUUUAAUUUUUCAAACGUCUUUUUUUAAAAGCUACAUUAUUUGCAUAGUUAAAUGUGGUGUUUAUCUCUCUAUACAGGGAUGUCUGGAAAAUGCAAUCUAUUGUAUACCCAGAAAUUCUUCUAUAAUCAAAUAUGCCAAAAUGUACCUUUACAGAAAGGAUGGCAAAAAAGGUUUAUUAAGGUAUACAGUGUUCCCUCACUUAUUGUGGGGGUUACAUUCCAGGACCACCUGCGAAAAGUGAAAAUUCGCGAAGUGGGGAUGCUAUAUUUGUGUUGUUUGCAAGUAGCGUCUCUGUCCCCUCCUCGCCUCUCAAGCAAACGCAUGCGCGCUCCUGCCACUGCCGCUGCCUUGUGAGGCAAAAACAAUGCUGCUUCAGCCUCCUUUUCUCUCCCUUUGUUCUGUCACGCGCUGGGCCUGUAACUGAUUGUCUUUUGUAUAGGACGUAUACUUUAUGCCCAGCGGGAAGCCAGGGCGCCUAAAGAAAGGUUGUUGAGGAUUUCCCUGAAAGGAUGGCCUUUUGAGUCUUUAAUGAAAUAACAAAGUCUUUUUUGAUGAACAAAUAAUAAACCUUCAAGGAGUCAAAUAAUACUUCAAGGUUUCCUUAAUAAACUGUUGGCCCUUUGAGUCUUGUCCCCAAGGGACAGGCGAUUGGCUUUGGAUAACUGUGAAAACCCUCUUAUAACCUCUCCCUGGCUGUCUAUCAAUAUGGGCUGAGCUGAUGUGGGACCCACUGCCGACUCUAAAUGCGUCUGGGUAUCGAGUGGACCUACCAGCCAAGGCUUGCAGAUGUUUCAGCUGGGGUUCUGUGGAUCUGUGAUGCUGUUCUCUCUUUGAGUCUUUAGAAACUUAGGGCUGUUUCCUUCAGGAGCUGUGAGGCUGAGAGGCUGUAAGCUCUCAGCCAGAGCUUUUGGGACUUUCCCCCUAUAAUUUCUGUUUCUGGUUUCUCGGAUGUGCUAUAUCCCUGGAUGUGCUAUAUCCCCAGAUGUUCUUGAGAUAUGAAGCUUUUCUACGGGAUGAGCUGGUCUACGUCCUAUAGCUUAGCUUCCUUAAGAGAGACAGACUUAAAAUGGCUCCUUCCCUCCCAGAACCCUGAACAAGGGACAGAACCAAACUUAAUGAUGAUUGACAGGCGGCCUGUCCUAUGAUUGCAAACAUUUGCAGCAAGAAAAUAAAGUUGAAGGUUCUGGUACAGCCGUACCAGCACACCCUUCCUUAGACUUCUCCUUAGGAAGGAAGUAGAAAGAGGAAUUUAUAAGGGAUUUAAAAUAUCAUUUUAUGAUUUAUACUAUUAUUUUAGUGUUUAUUAAAAACCCGCAAAAUAGCGAGGGUGCGAAAAGUGAACUGUGAAGUAGCGAGGGAACACUGUAAUAAUAUCAUGCAUGUAACUCCUCAAAAUCCUUUCUAAUUGUCUUCGACUAGAGGAAAUGUAUUGGUAAAAACAAAAGAGGAUGGCUACAAAAAUAACAGAUUAAAUACAAGAGAUGGCAUUUUUUCCACUAGUGGGUGCUCAAGCAUGAAUGUCUGGUGUAACUACCACAAGUAAUACCUACAGCAAAUGAGUUGAGCAAGGGCUAAUGCCGGUGGAAUUACAAUUGAGUAAAGAUGAAUAUUGUAAGUGACAGAUGUCAGGUCCAUGUGGAAAAAUACAAUUGAAUACAUCCCUUUAUGUCUGGCAAGGCAAUGUUUGAAUAAGGCAUCAGUACAGCUAUUUUCAAGCUUGGACAUGAGCCCUUGCAGAACUUGAUAUGUAAUUUCUCAUAUUAAUGAUUCCAGCCAGUCUCGCUUGUCUGCCUCAGUUGUGCGAUCAGCUAAUUUUGAUGACCAUGGUGGGAACCUGGUCGUUAUUUUACAUCUGGCUAUAGUCAGAUAGUCCUUCUCUGGAGACUUUUAAGCAGAGGCUAAAUGACCAUCUGUCAGGAGUGCUUCGUUUUAUUUUCCUGCAUGGCAGGGAGUUGGACUGGAUGGCCCUUGUGGUUUCUUGCAAAACUAUGUUUCUGAUAUAAUUUUUUUGUGAUCGCUCCCACUUUCCACCAGCCACAGAAUAGCCAUGGCACUGUGGGUUUGUGCAGGAUUAUGGCCAAUAUUUCCAAGCAAUGUUCCUGGCUCCAGAGAUGGUAUAUAUCAGGUAUGGGCGAACUUCAGACCUCCAGCUGUUUUGGACUUCAACUCCUACAAUUCCUAACAGCCGGCAGGCUGAUACAUUGUGGGAGUUGAAGUCCAAAACACCUGGAGGGCCCAAAUUUGCCCAUACCUGGUAUAUAUCCAAACCAGGAUAUUAAACUCUGACAGUGAAAUGUCAGCAAAAGAACUAUAAUCUGCACCAUUUCUCUGCAUGAAUAGGGACCACCAUAUACUGGAGGAGACAGCAAGUAUUAAGUCUGAAGCAUAGUGCAAAACUGUCCUCAAAAUAUCAUGCUUGUAUUACUGUAUAAAUUAUAAUGUAUUUUCCACUGAAUGUACCUUAUAUGAUUUAUACCUCAUAUAGAUUAAUCAAUUGUUUUCCUGAGUUUAUAGUUUGAAUAACUUAAGUAGAAUAAAUUCAUUCAGAAUUCAAUAAA